UGGAUGUUACAUAUUCUUCCAAUGAUCAUCUUGGUGCGAAGUCCUGUGAACAUUUAGCGAUGCAAAAUGAUUUACUACAUCAAGCAAAUGGUGAAAGUGACAUAUUUGGGAGUCAUUCCUGUUGUACCAAUGAAAGGGGAGAUGUGUGCGAUACAAUUUCACCAAUGUCAAAUAUUGUCUUUGAUGAAAAUACUGUCAAAGUGUGCCAAGAAGCCACAGUAUUGACACAUUGUGUGGAGAAUGUGCUGAGCAGUGUUAACAAAGCAUUAACAAAUGAUCGAGAGGAAUGCAAAUUGGAUAAAGAUGACCAUAUUUCAGAGUAUGUGGCUUGUGAAAGUAUCAAAAUGCUUGAAACUGACAAGCAAACAUCCUUAACGUGUGUUAAAAGCUGUAUGCCAGUGUGUUCUUCUGAAGGAAAGCCUGAACAAGCUCCAUGCGGAGUGAACGGUUGUAAUAUUGUGACAUAUCAAGAGAAACAAUCCAUUCCAGAAGUUAAUCAGACGGGCACUACAAAAAAAUAUGGCCCAGUGAGAGGUGGACGUACUGUUGUGUAUGUACACAGUGAUGAAUACAUGCAACUGUGUGACGCCAUGAUUAGGGUGCCUGGAAGGGCAUGCAUGGUACACAGGCUGAUCGAGGCUUACGGAUUACUGAAAUACCUCUGCAUUGUUCCUCCAUCCAAGUUGACCAGAGAAGAAAUCCUGAAGUUCCACAGUGAGGAGUAUGUGGAUGUGUUAGAGAGGCUGGACAGGGAUGGAGAGGAGGGUUACGAUGAGCAAGCUCAGAGAUGUGGACUAGGCUAUGACUGCCCUGCAGAACCAGGGGUGUAUGAAUAUGCUACCUCUGUAGCUGGAGCCACUGUCACAGCUGCUCAGUGCUUGAUGGAGGGCAAAUGUACAGUGGCCAUUAACUGGUUUGGAGGAUGGCAUCAUGCAAAAAAGGAUCAAGCUUCUGGAUUUUGCUAUGUGAAUGAUAUUGUACUGGGGAUUCUCAAAUUGAGGGAAAAAUACCAGAGAGUCCUGUACAUUGACCUUGACCUUCAUCAUGGCGAUGGAGUUGAAGAUGCCUUUUCAGCAACCUCCAAAGUCUUCACACUGUCUUUCCACAAGUACUCUGCUGGAUUUUUCCCUGGGACAGGCUCUGUGAAGGAUGUUGGAUUUGGAAAAGGUCGGUUUUUCUCCCUGAACAUACCACUUCUAGAUGGAAUCCAAGAUCAGCAAUUUUUCUCUCUGUUUUUGAGGGUGGUGGAGAAGGUGAGGGAAGUUUUCUCACCAGAAGCUGUUGUGUGUCAGUGUGGAGCUGACGGCCUGGCUGGAGAUCCCAUGAAUUCCUUCAACCUGACCCACCUCAGUUUGGGACGCUGUGUGUACUCUCUCCUAAAAUGGAAUGUUCCAUUGCUACUUCUUGGGGGAGGUGGCUAUGAGCAUGCUAAUACGGCUCGGUGUUGGACAUUUAUCACCAGUAUUGCUGCGUUCAAGAAGUUACCUGAAGAUAUUCCAGAUCAUCAGUACUUUACAGAAUAUGGUCCAAGCUAUGAGCUGGCUGUGACUGCUGGGUACAGGAAGAACCUCAACACACCAGAGUAUCUGAAAGAUGUCUGUCGUAAGGCUUUAGGUAUUUUGCAGAAAACCUCCAAGAUCUUGGCCUAUAAUGAGGUUGUUUAAUGUGUAAUCACACCUUUUCCAGUAUUACUGUAAGUGAAUGUUGGAGAAUUGGAAGAAAAAUGUUUAAUUCAAGAAUUCCCAAGACAGUGAAUUUAUCUGUACAAGUGUGAAAACUAUGUUUAAAUAAGCUGGUUUGGAGCAUGCUGUUUUUGUCAGUUUUGUGUAUUGAUGAGUUCUAAUUUAAUUUAAAAGGACUGUUGUACAUCUGUAUUUAGGAUAUAAUGUUAAAUUGUACAAGUUUACGUUUGUCAGGAAAUUUAAGCAUUUAAAUUAAAGAUGAUUUAAUGGCAGGAUGGUAAAUAAAGCAUGACUUUUUUCAAUUUUUGGUGAAAUAUACGAUAUAAUCAGUGAACUGCAUGUACAGUGGAAUUUUAUAAAAUAUAAAAUAAAGUGUAC